AAAAUGGAUAAAGACCUGAAAGAAAUCAAUGGGAGUCAGGCCAAAUCAGAAAUCCUCACUGAAGAGAUUCCUAAGUAUGGAAAGGUCUCCAUGCUGUUCUACAUUCCAGAAUCUGUCAAGGAUCGUGAUACCAUGGUCGAGCUUAUCAGGGAGAAUGGGGGUAACAUCGUGAAAUUUCACGAGUGUUUUUGUUAUCAGAUCGGAACUCCAGGGAAUACUUCUGAAAGUGAGUACUACCAAGGUACUGUGUACUCUUUUCAAUGGCUGGUAGAGUCAAUAGAAGCAAACGAGCUACAGGAUAAGGCUAAAUAUAUUCUAUGCAGUUACCAAGGAGGAAUUAAGUUCCCAUUCGAUAAAAAGAAGAUUCAAUAUACCGUCAGAGAGAUUAUCAUCAUUUACAACUGGAUCUCUGGAAGGAAGUCACAAUCAUCUAGGAAAACUUGGGAAAGCUUAGGUAAUGAUGGUAUCCUUUACUGCAGAUCAAAGGAAUCUCUAAAGAAUUUUUGGAAGAACUGGCGGAAGCAUUCACUUGAACAAUGUGUCGAAGAGAUGCUUACCAAGAACACCAAGUACUGUCACAACUAUCCUCUUCCAGUCUAUCCACAUAAAGAGCUUCCAGAAAUAGAUAGAAAGAAAUUGAAGCGUUCUAGAGAUGAAGUUGAUAAGAAUGAAGAGGAUUCAAAAGAGAACAAGUCGGAUCCAGAUGCAAACGAUCCAACCCUGCAAACCAUCCAGACCAAAAGAAAGCUCAAGAAGAAAAGCAUUACUGCAGAUAACAAAACUCAGAAAACUGAAGAAAUUAAGCAUGUUGAAGGAAUUAUCGAAGAGGAUUCAGAUAAUCAAGAAGAGAAAUAAAGAUGAACCUCAAAAGGAUUCUCAGCUUGAAGUAAAGGAAAAGCAGCCUGAAGAUGACACUACGAAGGAAGAAAAGAAGGAUACUGCUCCUGAAAAGCAGGAAGAUAUUGAUAUUGAGAACAAUAGUGCUGAUGCUAUAAAGGAAGGAUCCCAUGCAUCAUCGGAUCUUGGCUUCCCAGCUUUCGAAGAUGGAUCUGAUGAUGGUGGUGAUAUUUAGCUAUUACUAAUUAAGCAAACAUUUUUAACUUAACUUUAAGUAGGUAAAAUAUUACCACCCAAUUCGGAAGACCUUGCUUUGGGCCAAACUACAAGGUGUGGGAUUUUCAACAAGCUGCUUAAGUUUCGCUCUUUAAGGUUAAGCAAAUGAUCACUUGGGCAUAUUUGAAGUCAUCCACUCCUAUUGCAGCACCUGUUUUCAAGCUCAAAAGAGAUAUCUGUGCUUGGAUCGGCCAAGAUACUAGGUUGUAUCUUCGCUAGAAGAUCAAGUGUCAGACUUAUCUCUUUUUAAUACAAGGGGCAGCAAGUUCUGCUGACUGCUAAGUAGAAGUUGAGCGUGCUCAAAUUGCCAUUUCAUAUUUCAUUCAUAAAUAAUUUGGUUGAUUGUACCGCUUUAUUUAAGAUAAAAAUUAUCUACUUGCGGGAUUCGAACCCAAAUUUGGAGUGGAAAGGAAGACUACUUCUCAUAUUUUCUAGAACGGAGUUGAUCUUAGAAGGGAUAGCGACUUGUAGCCUAUUCUUGGUUUAUCGACUAUUUUAGAUGCUUGAUAGCCUCGAUUGCUCAUUUUAAAGACUUUUGUUAAAGGAGAAGAUCUAAAUUUUAGGGUCUCUUCUUUUUCUUUUAGUUUCUCAACCAACUCCAUAAGAUUUCUUAAAUUUCAGAUACAAUUUACAAAAAGGCAUGAAAGCACCAAAUUUUUUAAUGAAAGUGCUGCAAUUUCAGCUAAACUCUAACUGUCUGUAAAUAUGUAGCGAAUUUCUUUAGAUGUCUAAAAUGGCUUAAAUAAUAUAAAUUUGUGCUUAUCUCCAUGUACUUCUUCCAUGAGCCAUCUAGCCUGCCCCUUCCGAUCAGUUCUUAAAGCAUCUGACCUAAUUUGCUCCAAAAUUUAGUUAAGAAGGUUGGAGAAUAUCUAAGAACUCUUGGGUUAACAAUUAUGGAACUAAAUUCAUAGUGCUG